AGUCCCCUAGCUGCCCCGCCUCCAGGCCUUGUCUGGACAAGGAGCCAGGCGUGUCGGAGGCCGUGGCGGCUCCUCCCCUGCGGGCUCCUCCCCCUGGCCGGGCGCUUCAUGCGGCUGUUCUGGCCGCACAGCCUGGCUGCGGCUCCGGCUUGGGGUUCCUCGGGCGAGGAUGGAGCAGUAGCCAAUCCUCUUUUUCCUCGCAGGACUCGCCUGCGGUGGUACUGACCAUGAGCUCCGAGCGUAGGGAGCAGGCGGCGCCCCGGUCUGACGGAGGUGGCUGCGCCUGUGGCCGCCGGGGCAGCGGCGGAGGCAGCUGGCGCCUCUUCCUGGGCUUCUUCGCGCUCUCGCUUGCGCUGCACCUCCUUACCCUGGGCUGCUACCUGGAGCUGCGUUCCGAGCUCCGCCGGGAGCGGGACCCCGAUCCCACGCCUUCUCCCCGUCACGGGGGUACCGCGGUCGCCCCGGGCUCCUCUGGCUCGGCCCGCCUGCAGCGCUUCGCCGAACCCACGGACCGCCGCCAGCAGCUGGCCUUGCUGAAUUUCUUCCUCCCUGAAGAAAAAGUGCAUCUUGAAGAAGAAAAAUUGCAUCAUGUCCGCCGAACUAAAAGGAGUAAAAGUAGUGAAGGACCUGAUGGUCCAAGUUCAGUUAAAAACAAGAAAAAGGGUAAAAAGGCUGGUCCUCCAGGACCCAAUGGUCCUCAAGGGCCACCAGGACCUCCUGGACCCCAGGGCCCCCCAGGAAUCCCAGGGAUCCCUGGAAUUCCAGGCACAACUGUAAUGGGACCUCCUGGUCCUCCUGGUCCUCCUGGCCCCCAGGGACCACCUGGGCUUCAGGGCCCUUCAGGUGCCGCAGACAAAGCUGGCUCCAGGGAGACACAGCCAGCUGUGGUUCAUCUCCAGGGCCAAGGGUCAGCAAUUCAAGUAAAGAAUGGUGGAGUGCUCAAUGACUGGUCUCGCAUCAUUAUGAACCCCAAGGUGUUUAAGCUGCAUGCACGCAGUGGGGAGCUGGAGGUACUGGUGGACGGCACAUACUUCAUCUAUAGUCAGGUAGAAGUGUACUACAUAAACUUCACAGAUUUUGCCAGCUAUGAGGUGGUGGUGGAUGAAAAGCCAUUCCUACAGUGCACCCGGAGUAUUGAGACAGGCAAGACCAACUUCAACACCUGUUACACAGCUGGGGUCUGCCUCCUCAAAGCCAGGCAGAAGAUUGCAGUGAAAAUGGUCCAUGCUGACAUCUCCAUCAACAUGAGCAAGCACACAACUUUCUUUGGGGCCAUACGGCUAGGAGACGCACCAACAUCUUAGAUGAACUUGGCAUAUACAUGGAGUCUCCCAGAACUGCACAGUGCUGCUUUUCAUAAGAAUAUGAGGGGGUUCUAUAAUCCAGCCACAAAGAAAACUGAUCCAGAGCUAUUUAUUUCUUUACGUGGAUACAGGAAGAGUAAGGUCACCUGUGAUUUGCAUGGAGACUUGUAUUGGAAAGGCAGUUGAGAAAGCAUUGUGAGGAAGAAAGGCUAGCAUGUCCUUUCUUGCCUCAGUGUUUCAAGUAUUACUGCACUGAUAUUCUGCUCUGUGGUCCUCACCAGAGAUUUGUGGUGAGAAUGAUAUGGGUUUCCUGCUUUUAUGUUGCACUAGCUAUAGCAUCCAUGGCAGUGGCAGAAGGCAAGAAAAGACAGACUUUCUGAUGAGUUGUUCUCUCUAGGCAUUCAUGCACUGCUGCCUUUGCACACUGAGGGCAAGAAACCUGUGGGGUUUCUCCACCUACGAGGGAGAAUUCUAUUUUAGGGCAAUGGCAUUGCAGUGUGAAAGGUGAGAAUGAGCCCUAGUCAGUGGUGUUCAUCCUCUGGACUGUAAGAAUAAGUAGGUUGAGUGCUUCUGUACCAGGCUUGGAAGCAGGCUGCAAAUGUAAUAAGCAUUUGAUGAGCAUUAAAACAUAGUCACAAAAUAAAAUGAUACCACAUAAAAAA